AUGGAGGUGCCCACCCUUGCGGCCAACGGUCGUACAACCAGCACCGGUUCGGACGACAUCGCUCUGGACAAGAAGACGUCCUCGGAUGACAACCAUGUCCAGGACCAGCUUAACACCACCUCGUCCUGCGAGGUGGUCAAGCCGCGUUCCAACAACUCUAUCCUGCUUAUCCUCGCUGCUGGUUGCGCCCUUCUUUCUGAUGGUUACCAGAACUCGCUGAUGACCAUGACCAACGUUGUUCUCAAGACGCGAUACGGAAGCAAGAUCUACACCUCGGCAGUCUCCACCCGUAUUUCUAAUGCGUCGCUUGUCGGAGCCAUCAUUGGCCAGAUCGCUGUCGGCCUUAUCUGUGAUCGCAUCGGCCGUAAAGCUGGUGUUACCGUUACCACUGCGCUCCUCGUCCUUGGUGCUAUCUUUGCCACUGCUGCGUACCCUGUCAACGGCAAGCCGGAGAACAUGUUUUGGUGGCUCACCGUCGCCCGAGGCUGCGUCGGUGUUGGUGUCGGCGGUGAAUACCCUGCAUCCUCCACCUCCGCUGCCGAGGCAGCCAACGAGAGACUCGGCAAGAAGCAUCGUUCGCAAGUCUUCAUCAUGGUCACCAACUUUGUCCUCGGUCUUGGCACCCUCGUUUCACUCGGCUUCUUCCUCAUUGUCCUCAAGAUCACCGGCUACCACGACACCAAGGACGCCGCCGGCUUCCGCGACCUCGGAAUCAUCUGGCGUACCGUCUUCGGUUUCGGUGCUCUGUUCCCACUCAUCAUCUUCUACUUCCGAAUGAUGGUCAUCAACUCGUCGCUCUACCGCAAGACCGCGAUGCGCAAGAAUGUCCCCUACCUCCUCGCCUUCAAGCGCUACUGGCGCCGGCUCUUGGGCACUGCCGGUGUGUGGUUCAUCUAUGACUUUGUUGUGUUCCCUCUUGGCGUCUUCAGUGGUACCAUCAUCGCUACGGCCAUCAAGCAGCCUACACUGCUCAAGAUCGGCGAAUGGCAGUUCCUGCUCUCCUUCCUCGGCCUUCCGGGUACGGUUUUGGGCGCGCUGCUGCUGCCCAAGCUCGGAAGCAGGAAGAUGUUCAUGAUCGGCCUCGGUGGCUUCCUUGUUUUGGGCCUCGUGAUUGGCUGCGCUUACGACCACGGCGUGUCCACCUCUGUCCCUGCUUUGGUCGUCCUCUUUGGUCUCCUGGCCUUCAUGGGUAACUUUGGCCCAGGUUGCUGCUGUGGAUUGACUUCCGCUGAGGUGUACCCCUCCGCUUUGCGAGGAACCAUGUAUGGUUUGUCCGCAGCGAUCGGCAAGGCCGGUGCAGCGAUCGGGACUCAGGCAUUCAUCCCGAUCCAGAGUCACCUGGGCAAGAAGUGGGUCUUCAUCAUCUCUGCUAUCCUGGGAACCCUCGGUAUUGCCCUUGUCUACUUCUGUAUCCCCGAAACGACCAAGUUUGACCUCGCCGAGGAGGACCGCAACUGGUUGGCCUACCUCGUCGAGAACGGCUGGCAGGGCGAGAUCGGUGAUGGAACCGAGGGUAUCACUGACGCCCAGAACGCCAUCGCCCGUGUCAAGAACAGCGACGCUAGUGACGAGAGCACGCUUCACGACCAGGAGUCGCUCGAAGCCAAGCACUGA